CUGAAGUCCAUCCCAGCCUCCUUUGGCGCCCGGUGCCCCACCCAUGGUGCGGAAGAUUGCAGUGCGAAGGGCGGCGCAGGUGCUCUAUAAUAACAAGGGCUAUCACAGCAUGCCCACCUACCUCAACAGCCUCAACAACGCCAUCCUGCGUGCCAACCUGCCAAGAGCAAGGGCAACCCGGCAGCCUAUGGCAUCACGGUCACCAACCACCCCAUGAAUAAGACGAGCGCCAGCCUCUCCCUGGAUUACCUGCUGCAAGGCACUGACGUCGUCAUUGCCAUCUUCAUCAUCGUGGCCAUGUCCUUCGUGCCGGCCAGCUUUGUGGUCUUCCUGGUGGCCGAAAAGUCCACCAAGGCCAAGCACCUACAGUUUGUCAGCGGCUGCAACCCCGUCACCUACUGGCUGGCCAACUACGUGUGGGACAUGCUCAACUACCUGGUCCCGGCUACCUGCUGUGUCAUCAUCCUGUUUGUUUUCGACCUUCCGGCCUACACCUCACCCACCAACUUUCCGGCUGUGCUCUCCUUGUUCCUGCUCUAUGGGUGGUCCAUUACGCCCAUCAUGUACCCGGCCUCCUUCUGGUUUGAGGUCCCCAGCUCGGCUUACGUGUUCCUCAUCGUCAUCAACCUCUUCAUCGGCAUCACGGCCACCGUGGCCACUUUCCUGCUGCAGCUCUUUGAGCACGACAAGGACCUGAAGGCCGUCAACAGCUACCUAAAGAGCUGCUUCCUCAUCUUCCCCAACUACAACCUGGGCCACGGGCUCAUGGAGAUGGCCUACAACGAGUACAUCAACGAGUACUACGCCAAGAUCGGCCAGUUUGACAAGAUGAAGUCCCCGUUCGAGUGGGACAUUGUCACGCGAGGGCUGGUGGCCAUGACCGUGGAGGGUGUGGUGGGCUUCCUUCUCACAAUCAUGUGCCAGUACAACUUCUUGCGGCAGCCACCACGCACGCCCGUGUCCACCAAGCCUGUGGAGGACGACGUGGACGUGGCCACUGAGCGGCAGCGAGUGCUUCGUGGGGACGCCGACAACGACAUGGUCAAGAUCGAGAACCUCACCAAGGUGUACAAGUCCCGGAAGAUCGGCCGCAUCCUGGCCGUGGACCGCCUGUGCCUGGGCGUGCGGCCCGGCGAGUGCUUCGGCCCUCCUGGGCGUCAACGGCGCGGGCAAGACGAGCACCUUCAAGAUGCUGACGGGGGACGAGAGCACGACGGGGGGCGAGGCCUUCGUCAACGGGCACAGGAGCUGCUCCAGGUGCAGCAGAGCCUAGGCUACUGCCCGCAGUUCGACGCCCUGUUCGACGAGCUCACGGCCCGCGAGCACCUGCAGCUGUACACGCGCCUGCGCGGCAUCCCCUGGAAAGACGAGGAGCGGGUGGUGAAGUGGGCCCUGGAGAAGCUGGAGCUGACCAAGUACGCCGACAAGCCCGCGGGCACCUACAGCGGCGGGGAACAAGCGGAAGCUGUCCACGGCCAUCGCGCUCAUCGGGUACCCCGCCUUCAUCUUCCUGGUAAGCCUGGUCGGGGGAGGGUGCCCCCCCCGCAGCCCUCCCGGCGGGCCACGCCAGGGGGCAGCCCGGCGGCGACUGACCGGCCCCUCCCCAGGACGAGCCCACCACCGGCAUGGACCCCAAGGCGCGGCGCUUCCUGUGGAACCUCAUCCUGGACCUCAUCAAAACGGGGGCGCUCGGUGGUGCUGACGUCGCACAGCAUGGAGGAGUGCGAGGCCCUGUGCACGCGGCUAGCCAUCAUGGUGAACGGACGUCUGCGCUGCCUGGGCAGCAUCCAGCACCUGAAGAACAGGUUCGGAGACGGCUACAUGAUCACGGUGAGGACCAAGUGCAGCCAGAACGUCAAGGACGUGGUGUGCUUCUUCAACCGGAACUUCCCGGAGGCCCUGCUCAAGGAGCGGCACCACACCAAGGUGCAGUACCAGCUCAAGUCGGAGCACGUGUCACUGGCCCAGGUCUUCAGCAAGAUGGAGCAGGUGGUGGGCGUGCUGGGGAUCGAGGACUACUCCGUCAGCCAGACCACCCUGGACAACGUGUUUGUGAACUUCGCGAAGAAGCAGAGUGACAACCUGGAGCAGCAGGAGUCGGAGCCUCCCUCUGCCCUGCGCUCCCCUCUGGGCCGCCUGCUGAGCCUGCUGAGGCCCCGGCCAGCCCCCACGGAGCUCCGGGCGCUGGUGACAGACGAGCCCGAGGACCUGGACACAGAGGACGAGGGCCUCAUCAGCUUCGAGGAGGAGCGGGCCCAGCUCUCCUUCAACACGGACACGCUCUGCUGACGGAUGCGACGGGGAGGGGAGCCGGGCGGCGGCGGAGGCCCCGCUCGCUCCCCGCGCACACCUGCCCGGCCCCGGAGAGGAACGCUCGGAGCGAGCGCUCGAGACCAGGGGCUUCGCGCCCUCCAGCCCAGCGCCGUCCUCCGCCCCGCCCCGCGGUUCCUGCCGACGUCCUCCCUCCUCGUGCCAAAGGCCGGCCCAGCCCUGGGCCGCACACACCCUCACCCCGCUUUGCCUUAAAGCCUCGGGGCCUAGCCUGGCCCCCGUCCUGCCCAGCUCCGCCCACCGUCCGAGGGCAACGUGGGCCGCCCCGGGCAGACGCCCGCCCCCUCUCCCGAGUCCCGAGGCUGGCCAGG